GGGGAAAUGCUGUUUUGUCAUUUCGCUUCAUCAUGUUAUUUAGUUAUAUCGCCCUCAGUAAGAUAUUUGUAGUUUCGAGUGAUAGGUGCAAAGUGUGAACCUUAACGGGGGUCCUUAUCGAAAAAAAAAAUCUAAUCAGUUUAUUUGUUUGAGUACAUAAAUGGCCGAUAGAGGUGAUAGAACUCCUCUGCUUACUCAGGAUGAUGACUGGAAUACUUCGGACACGCUAGGCUUUGAGCCUCUGCUAAGUCACAAAACCGAAAAUGAACUAGUAACGACCUAUUCUCCUUCAGCGGGUGAUUUUUCAACCACCGUCGCCGAGCCAGAGUCUGAUGAUGAGGGCGCGCUUAGAGUCAACAUCGUCGGCAUGACAUGUAUGUCGUGUGUAAGAAAUAUCGAAGAAACUGUUGGAAAGAAACCCGGUAUACUUAGCAUAAAUGUAAAUUUACAAGAAAAAUACGGCAUGGUACAUUAUGAUCCAAAAAUUAUAAACCCUCAAGGAAUAUGCGACUAUAUAGAUGACAUGGGUUUUGAAGCAUCGUUACCGCUACUUACAAAAACUGAAAGAAGCUCCUGUUAUAUAGAUAUCAAAGGUAUGACAUGUAAUUCGUGCGUCCAAAGCAUAGAGGGGAUGUUAUCGACCAAAGAAGGCAUUUCAAAGAUAAAAGUACAUCUUAAAAACCAGGAGGGCUACGUAGAAUUCAUACCAAUCAAGAUAACGCCAGAACAGAUAGCGGAGCAAAUAGAAGACAUGGGUUUCGAAGCGUACGUUAAGAUAAUAAACGGAAAAAACGUUUUACAAAAACAAGUUAGACAUAGUCCCACUGAUGCUCCGUCGAUAAACAGUGAUGCGGAAGAAGAUACUUCUAUAAAUGUACAAAAAUGUUAUUUGCAAGUAAAAGGCAUGACAUGCGGCUCCUGUGUGGCAGCUAUUGAAAAACACGUUCAAAAGUUACCAGGCUGUUACAAAAUUUUGGUUUCCCUACUGGGGGCGCGGGCGGAAAUCCAAUUCGACCCAUCGAUGACAACGCCAGUAGACAUAGCGGAAUCAGUGACCGAUCUGGGAUUCCCCACAACCGUGAUUCAACAGUCGGGCAUCAUCGAAUCUGAAGCUGACGUCGAAAUUAUCGGUAUGACGUGCUCGAGCUGCGUCCACAAAAUAGAAACGAACAUUAUGAAGGUGCCUGGAGUCAAGACGGCGCAGGUUGCUUUGACAACUCGGCGCGGGAAGUUCAAAUAUGAUCCGGAAAUUACAGGACCAAGGUACAUUAUCGAUGCUAUAAAGAAACUUGGAUUUGAAGCACAACUGUUUAGUAGAGAAGGUGGCAGCGAUGAUUAUUUACAUCAUAAAGAAGAAAUUAGAAAAUGGAAAAGAAGUUUUAUAUUUUCUCUAGCUUUUGGAGGUCCUUGUAUGAUAGCCAUGAUGUACUUUAUGGUUCAGAUGUCUACCAUGUCGCAUGAAGAGAUGUGCUGUGUGGUACCAGGCCUGUCAAUAGAAAACUUAAUUCUGUGGUCUCUAUCUACACCGGUCCUAAUAUUUGGUGGCAGGCACUUUUUCGUUCAAGCCUACAAAGCCUUAAGUCAUAGAACCACGAAUAUGGAUGUACUUAUAGCCAUGGCGACGUCAAUAUCUUACACUUACAGUGUUUGCGUCGUUAUUGCUGCCAUGGUUAUGCAACAAAACACCUCGCCUCAAACGUUUUUCGAUACGCCUCCUAUGUUGUUGGUUUUCAUAAGUUUAGGUAGAUGGUUGGAGCAUAUUGCCAAAGGGAAGACCUCGGAAGCGUUAAGUAGAUUACUGUCUCUAAAAGCUACGGAUGCUGUGAUCAUAACUUUGGGUAAAAACGGUGAAAUUGCGUCAGAAGAACAAGUUAACGUCGAUUUGGUUCAAAGAGGGGAUAUACUUAAAAUAGUACCUGGUGCCAAAGUACCUGUCGAUGGUAAGGUUGUACAGGGUCAAUCGAUGUGUGACGAAAGCCUUAUAACGGGCGAAAGCAUGCCAGUACCUAAAAAAAUUGGAAACACCGUAAUAGGUGGCUCGAUCAACCAACACGGUUUGCUAAUAGUAGAAGCAACGCAUACAGGCGAAGCCACAACAUUAUCACAAAUCGUCAAGCUGGUAGAAGAGGCUCAAACUUCUAAAGCCCCCAUUCAACAACUAGCCGACAAAAUCGCUGGUUAUUUCGUACCGACAGUAGUUCUUUUGUCCCUUAUCACUUUAAUCAUUUGGUCUAUUGUCGGUUUUAUGGAUAUCAAUAAUUUGCCUCUGCGCGAAUCAGAGAAAAUAGGGUUUAACAACACUGAGAUUAUUUUACAAUUUGUAUUCAGAUGCGCUCUGAGUGUAUUGGCGAUUGCUUGUCCUUGUGCUCUCGGAUUGGCCACGCCUACAGCUGUGAUGGUGGGAACAGGCGUUGGAGCCUUAAAUGGUAUCCUCAUCAAAGGUGCCGAACCACUGGAGAGCGCACACAAAGUCAAAGCUAUAAUGUUCGACAAGACAGGUACCAUCACGAAAGGAACGUUGGAAGUCGCAAAAAUAUGGCUCCAAGGCGACAGUCUCAGUCCAGCUGUCAUUUUAGCAGCUGUUGGUUCUGCAGAAUCCAACUCUGAACAUCCUAUCGCAGCAGCCAUUAUAAAAUAUGUCCGCUCUGCUUUGGGAACUGAAUUAGUAGGAAAAUCAACAAAUUUUCAGACCGUACCUGGUUGUGGUAUGAAAUGCACAAUAUCGAACCUUUCAGAAGUUAUUAAUGCAUCCCAAAACAGCACAGAACUCACAAACUUCAUUAACUUGGUUCAAGCUGGUAGUUCGGGACUAUUUACUGUCAAAAACGUACAAAUAGAAGUCAGCCAUUCGCAAAAUAUUAAGUUGGGUCAGUUGAUAGGAGUCAGUUCGUCCUUGGAAAAUGAAAGUGGCUUGUAUGAGGUUAUCGUAGGAAAUAGGGAGUGGAUGAACCGUAACGGGUUCAUAAUUGCUCCUGAGAUUGACAGAAACAUGGUUACCGAAGAAGAACAGGGUAGAUCAGCUGUACUUUGCGCUAUUAAUGGAAGUAUUGUCGCUAUGCUCAGCGUUGCUGAUAUAGUAAAACCUGAGGCUCAUCUAGCUGUUUAUACUUUAAGAAAAAUGGGCCUAGAAGUUAUUCUUUUGACAGGCGAUAAUAGAAAGACUGCAGCUAGUAUCGCCAGACAAGUAGGGAUUACCAAAAUUUAUGCAGAGGUGCUUCCUUCCCACAAAGUCAUCCGAGUACAGAGAUUGCAAGCCAAAGGCAUCAAAGUAUGCAUGGUGGGUGAUGGAAUCAACGAUUCUCCCGCCCUAGCACAAGCUGAUGUUGGAAUGGCUAUCGCAGCUGGGACUGACGUCGCCGUUGAGGCUGCUCAUGUUGUACUUAUGAGAAAUGAUCUCUUAGACGUGGUGGCUUGUCUGGAAUUGUCCAGAAAAACUGUUAAUAGAAUAAGACUUAAUUUUUUCUUUGCCAGCGUAUAUAAUCUUUUAGGUAUACCUCUCGCCGCGGGAGCCUUCAGUAUGAUAGGUUUUAUGCUUGCACCUUGGAUGGCCAGCGCAGCAAUGGCUCUCAGUUCCGUGUCCGUGGUGGGUUCGAGCCUUUUGCUUAAAUUAUGGAAGAAACCAACUAGGCAAAAAUUGGAAACGGCUGAAUAUUUGGCUAUUAAAAAUAGUGAUAGUCUGGAUUCAAUCUCAAUACACAGAGGACUCGACGAUAUCGACAAUAUCACAGGAAGUUCUUCGAAGUUUUCAAGAGUCCCAGUCAUAUCAAGCGUCGAAGGUUUAUGUUACAAUAUUCGUGUAUACGAUUGAAAUAAGAAAGGUAUAUGGAUGUUGAACACGUCUCCUACAAGUGAAAAGCAGUUAUUUAAUGACGUUGAAGAUAACAGAAACGAUCGAAAGAUACUUGGAUAAAAACAAGAGCGUCCGCCAAUUACUAUUAGGGACUGAUGACGACGAACCUACCGUAGAAUUCAAAAAGUGAACGACUGAUAUUUUUUCUAUAUAUAUAAGGAUCAAAAUCUAUUCUAUUUCCGACAAUAUAUUUAACUUUGUAAAAAUAUUUUUUAUUACAGAGAUAUAUUACGUUCAAUACUCGAAUUCGUGUAAUGCCUGAAAGAAACGCAAAACUGGUUUUGGACAAAGAUUCUUUCCCAAAUCCGAAAUUUAAUUUACAUACGGCUUUUGAGUGUUAUAAAAUAAGCAGAACUAGUUUUCCCUAUUUUGAAAUGUAAUAAAUUGGUUUUAUAUACAUUUGUGACUGACUAGAGUGACUAGCACUAGUUCUACUUGUUUUAUUCAGUCUGCGCCAGAUAACCCGAACAAGAAGAAUUUUGUUUGUUUGUAAUCGUCACACAGAUUAUGUAAGGCCCGAGUCGAGUAAGUCCCCAUCCUGUAAACUGGAUUGAAACCUGCUUGACCCAUUCCGUCUACCCCCUGCUAACUGCUCUGCAGGGUCCUUGCGAAAGCAUUGCUAGCUCAGCGAGAAGCAAUAUUUUUAUAACUACGAAUAUUUAUCGCUCUCCACCAUAAUCCAGCAGUUUGCGUGAUCUGGCUUGUCUUCUGUAAUACUCUCUUUAGUGAUCGUGAAUUGUGGAUUAAUUCUUAUAACUGCAAGAUAGUUAUAUAAAAAUGCUGGCAAUAAUCCAAUAACUUAUUCAUAUUUAUACCGUAUACCACUUGUAUCAGAUAGAGGAUGGAUUUUCUCACGACAAUCUUUAGGUACCAAUCAAGAGAACAAGUGGGUGUCCGAAUUCGAGUACUGAGUGUAUAUUUCUUUCGGAAAGUUUUUUCUUAAGUAUUUUAUAAACUGUACAAAACGCG